AUGGUUCAGAUCAGCGAAGUCAAGGGCAACAAGCGGGAUCACCGUACCGCAGCUCACACGCACAUCAAGGGAUUGGGACUCAGGACAGAUGGACGUGCUGAUACACAGUCUGGUGGCUUUUCAUGUGGUGUGGUGGUCGAUCUGAUCCGGGCGCACAAGAUGGCAGGACGUGGCGUGCUGCUGGCGGGCGGACCUGGUACAGGCAAGACCGCGCUGGCGCUGGCCAUCAGCCAGGAGCUGGGGACCAAGAUCCCGUUCUGCCCGAUCGUGGGCAGCGAGAUAUACUCGACCGAGGUGAAGAAGACGGAGGUGCUGAUGGAGAACUUCCGGCGGGCGAUCGGGCUGAAGGUGCGGGAGACCAAGGAGGUGUACGAGGGCGAGGUGACGGAGCUGACACCCGAGGAGGCGGAGAACCCGCUGGGCGGGUACGGCAAGACGAUCAGCACGCUGCUCAUCGGGCUCAAGAGCGCCAAGGGCCAGAAGAAGCUCCGGCUCGACCCGAGCAUCUACGAGGCUAUCCAGAAGGAGAGGGUGACGGUGGGCGACGUCGUCUAUAUCGAGGCCAACACGGGCGCCUGCAAGCGCGUCGGCCGCUCUGAUGCCUACGCCACCGAGUUCGACCUCGAAGCCGAGGAGUACGUGCCCAUCCCCAAGGGCGAGGUGCACAAGAAGAAGGAGAUCGUCCAGGACGUGACGCUGCACGACCUCGACGUCGCCAACGCCCGGCCCCAGGGCGGCCAGGACAUUAUGAGCAUGAUGGGCCAGCUCAUGAAGCCCAAGAUGACUGAGAUUACCGAGAAGCUCCGCGCGGAAAUCAACAAGGUUGUCAGCAAGUAUAUCGACCAGGGCGUUGCUGAGCUGGUUCCUGGUGUCUUGUUCAUCGAUGAGGCACACAUGCUCGACAUCGAGUGCUUCACGUACCUCAACCGUGCCCUCGAGUCCCCCAUCUCGCCCAUUGUCGUCCUGGCUUCGAACCGCGGCAUGUGCAAGAUACGGGGCACCGACGACAUCCUGGCCGCCCACGGCAUCCCGCCCGACUUCCUGGCCCGUCUCCUCAUCGUGCCCACCACGCCUUACCAGGCUGACGAGAUCAAGAGCAUCGUCCGCAUAAGGGCCACCACCGAGGGUGUCUCCAUCUCUGACGCUGCCAUUGACAAGAUUGCCGACCAUGGUGUUCGCAUCAGUCUGCGGUACUGUCUUCAGCUUCUUACCCCUUCUAGCAUCCUCGCCAAGGCCAGCGGUCGCAGCCAGAUUGACGUCCAGGAUGUCUCGGAAUGCGAAGACCUCUUUGUCGACGCUCGUCGCAGCGCAGCCAUCCUCAGCAGUGAGGCUGGCAAGGGAUACAUUUCUUGA